UUCAGUUUGGUUUACCUUGGGAUGGUGGCAUUGGCCGUUCCAGUCUGUUCUACAAGCGAUGUGCCGGGCAACGAAUUGGCCAAUUUGUUGAGUAGUUUUGUCCGUUUCCUAAAAGUGCCCCUCAAGGUGGGACUGUUCGUGUGCUGGGAUAAAGAGAAAGCUUUCACAUUUGCCCGGGAAAUGCUGGUGUCCGAAAAUGUCGGUGUCGGUAGACUUUCCUUUAUGCAGGUGAAAAAUGAUUCGGUUGAGAACUUGGCAUAUUUGGAUACGACGGAAUAUCACCAGCAUUUGGUGGCAGUGGACAUUUCCUGCCCGGGUGUCGGUCCAUUGCUGUCGGGUGCUGGCUUUAGAUUGUAUCACAGGAUCCGAAACACUCACAUCGAUACUAUCACUCGGAUUUCCUACCAUCAUUCAAAAAACCUCCUAGUGGAAUAUAUGAACGCCACCAUCGAAAAAACCUUCACAACGACAUGGGGCUACUUUAACGCCACAACGGGAAGAUUCGAUGGAGUAGCUGGACAGCUGAUUGAAAACACAACCGAGUUUAGUGGCACCUUGCUACUGCUAAUCCAAGACCGCUUGAAGCACAUUGACUAUCUGAAAAUGCCCAUCAUCGGUUAUCUGCGGCUGAUUUUCAAAGUUCCGAAACUGUCCAUCACAGAGAACAUUUUCCGGAUGCCAUUCGAUAAUGCCGUCUGGGGCUCACUGCUAGCUCUAGUUCUGACAACGGUGGCACUCUCCCUAGCAAUGAACAAAUUUAACAUCCAAAAAUCUAGAAAGGAACAUCCAACCGAUUCAGCUUUCGACAUUGUCCCGGUGGCCCUGCAGCAAGGAACACUGCUGAUCCCGAAAUCCGUUUCCCAGCAAAUUUUCAUUCUCAUCGGUCUCGUUGGGCUAAUGUUUAUUUUUACAAGUUUUUCAGCGAAGAUAAUCUCCCUAAUCCAGGCACCGUCCGAGCGGAUCAAAACCAUUCAGGACCUGCUGGAGUCGAGAAUCGAGGCCGGGGCGCACGACGUUGUGUACAAUAAGGUUUACUUGGCGGCAGCUACUGAGCCGUCGAAGAAAGCGUUUUACAAGAAAAAAAUCCAGCGCCGAGAUGGAUCCUUGAAUAUGUACAAACUGGAGGAGGGCGUGGCUAAACUUCGUCAGGGUCUUUUCGCGUUCCAUGGCUACACCCCGGGGAUUUACCACGUAAUCAGUGAAACGUUCGACGAUGUGGAAAAGUGCAGUCUGCGGGAGCUCAGCGUCAUCGAGAGAACUCCCGGCUUUCUGGUGAUGCAGAAAAACUACACCCUCAGGGAGCACUUGCAGGUGGGCGAUACGCGAAUCUUCGAGGUCGGCGUUUUCAACAGGGAACAUCGCCGGAUUAUGACCGGGAAGCCGGGAUGCGUCAAGGGGACCGUUUUUCAGCCGCUCAGUGCCAUCGACGUUCGGUUUUCGAUGCAGGUGAUGGCUUGUGGGAUCGGGAUAGCCGCCCUCGUGCUGCUGCUGGAAAUUCUUGUGCGAUGGUAUCAGAUGCGGCAAAUACCACUAUUUCAGUACCUUGAAUAGGAAGGGGAAAUAUUGCGUUAAUGAGCUUGUGGCACGCACGCACGUAGAGUAUACGGUAGAAUGAAAGAUAAAUACAUAAACGAUACGUGGCACAUUCUUGCACAUGAAAUAUCUCAAUGGAAUUGUAAAAAAUUGAGGAUGAUUCAAAUGGCUGAAGGGCUUGGAAUAAAAUUACCUAACUAUGCUCUCAUCAUUUAUCUGUAACUUUUUUAUUGCAACCAAACCUCACUUUGUGUGCUUGAGAAUUUGAAGUGCAAAACAUAUUCGAAGUAAUAUAAAAAUUAUCUCGAAACAAAUUUAAUAAAGAAAGUUAU